AAAAAACACGACGUAUUUGUGCGAGUGUAAGUUUCAAUUUCGAUCUGCUUGGUUGUCUGACGGACGUGCUGCGUCUCUUUUGUUGUGUUUUUUGCGAACGAGCGAAGAGCGACAGGACCUCUGCGCCCGUAUCCAAACUGAUUUUUUUUUAUUGUUGCAAUGCAAUAUUCGCGGAACCAAUAACAACAACCACACCACACACAUAACUCAACAUUCAAGUGCAAAGCAAAUACAAAUCAAACAACAACAAAAAGCAAAGAAAGUAUAAAGAAAAAUAUUGCAAAAAAUUGUCCAGUGGAAAAUAGCAAAACAACAGCAACAAACAACAACGGCCAAAUCAAAUUCAAAAUCUGUUAAACAAGAAUCACAAAAUGCCUUUGAUGGCUAAUUUUGAUUAUGGGGGAUAUGCGGCGUUUCAAGCGGUGGCCAGCGACCGUGAUCGCGAUCAUCUCCAGCAGCAGCAACUGCAGGAUCUCGUCCUGGACAACAGCAGCAACAUGGAGCAGCACCAGCAGCAGCCACAUCGCCACCAUGGCGCCCUCACACGCACCAUUUCACAGCCGGCCCAGCAGAGGCACCAGCUCAUCCAGCAGCAGCAGCAGCAACAGCAGCAGCAGCAGCAGCAGCAACAGCAACCGGUGGCCAGUCUGGUAACCAUCAUCGAGAACCUGGGCAACAUGAACCUGCACCGAAAGCUGGAGCGGACGCAGUCGGAGCCACUGCCACAGCAGCCGAUGAACACAUCCAGGUACAAGACGGAGCUGUGCCGUCCGUUCGAAGAGACCGGCGAGUGCAAGUACGGCGAGAAGUGCCAGUUCGCCCAUGGAUACCACGAGCUGCGCAACCUGCAGCGGCAUCCCAAGUACAAGACGGAGUACUGCCGCACCUUCCACAGCGCGGGCUUCUGUCCCUACGGACCGCGCUGCCACUUUGUCCACAAUGCGGACGAGGCUCGUGCCCAGCAGGCCGCCCAGGCAGCCAAGUCCUCAUCCCAAUCCCAAUCCCAGUCGCAGUCGCAGUCCCAGCAGCAGCAGCAGCAGUCAUCCUCGUCGUCGUCGUCGUCGUCAUCAUCCCAGAGCUUCACGUCGAAGAGCAAUAAUUCGAGCAGCAAUAGUAGCAACAGCAGCAGCGGCAGCAACAGCAGCCAGUUCUAUCUGCCACUGAGCCCACCGCUCAGCAUGAGCACGGGUUCCGAUCGGGAAUCGCCCACCGGAUCGCUGUCCCUGAGUCCCACCAACUCGCUGACCAGCUUCGCGUUCCACGAUGCCCUGCCGAUGCAGCCGGGCUACCUGGCCUUAUCCAAUGGCGGCACGAGCAACAGUUCCGCCUCGUCCACAUCCUCGGCCUCUGGCUUGGGUUUGGGCAUGAGCAUGGGCCUGGUCAUGGGUGGAAUGGGUGGUGGUCAUCAUGGACCGGCCACGCCGCCAGAGAGCCCCAAUGUGCCCAUUUCGCCAGUGCACACACCGCCGCCAUACGAUGUGGUGGUCAGUGGAUCUGGAGCGGGCCACGCCACCAGCGGCAAGCAGCUGCUGCAGAAGAGCGUCAGCACACCGAUGCAGCAGGAGGAUACCACGCCCAGGCUGCCGGUUUUCAAUCGUCUCAGCUCCGCGGUGGAGUCCUACCAGCAGCAGUCCAACUUGGGACUCUAAGGAGGGGAGCAAGAAACAACAUCCAAUCCAACAUCCACUCACGCCCAUCAAAGCAUCCCUCCAUCAUUAAAAACAACCACAACAACAGCACCCUUGACAAAAUCUCAGUAACGACCAAAACCAUGGAAACUUGAACCACAAACUCCCCUCGCAAUCAAAAUGCGAGUCAGAAAAUAGAUAUUCCCCGCAAGGCAACUGGAUUUCCGGGGCGCCUAUAUGUGUAUAUCAAGUAUACGCCUCGGAAAAACGCGGGCCACUGCCAAAAGGACAUAAACCCAUCUCCCCCCUAAAUUGUGAAACGAUCUUUGAUAUGAUUUCUCUCAUGCUGUGACAGUCAAUCGUUAUCGUUAAAUACGAGAAGGACCGAAACGCCAGACUACGGGACGAUUAGGUAAUUAGAUACGUAAAUGACAAACAAACAAUCCAAGCAAACGAUGAUCUUAAACUAUAAACUAAAUGCUAAAGUCUAAAACAAAAAAAAAGUAAUAUAAAAUCCAAACGAAACAUUCUUAAAAACUGGACAAAAAGAAGAAGAGACGAAGAGCGGACGAAACGGACUUUUGGGAAUCUUCAGCGAAUGUUGCUCAAAUCAAAAUCAAGAAAAUGGCCAACGACGAACGUGAAUAUCGUUCCUGCAUUUAUAGAACCUACUACUACUGCAGAGCACCCAUUAGAGCCCCAGCACAACACCUGUCGCUUUUGUUCAAUAUUUAUAUAUACGCCACGCACUUUGGAUGAUAAGUCUUAUGUAAAAACAGCUCCUGUAUAUAUCCCUGGAUGUGGAUGGCUAGAUGGAGAGAGUGCAGAGUUGGUUCCAUCCCAUACGACACCAUACCAUCCCGUCCCAUCCGAUCCGAUGUCUUCCAAUCCAAGCCAAUCAAUCAAUCAAUGAAUUCGGAAUAAGUAUGUGAAUGAGAUGAUAGAAACGGACCGAAACGGAGCUAAGGAAAUUCUUUAAUUUAUUAUUUUUUGCUAAAUUUAUGUAAUAGAAAACGUUGUGUACAUACGAGAGUUAAAAUAUUUUGAUAAAGCUUAUAAAUUAUGUUUAACAAUUACAUUACGAUUACGAUUAUAUGAUGAUGAUCUUGGAUGAUAUGAAUAUUAUUGAUGAUAUACCUCUGCAAUUCGUGCAACCAAUCACAACAACAACAACAAACACCAACCAACGAGCAACAAACAAUUUUUCGUUUUGAGAAGAAGUUAGUAAUGGAAUUCUGUCAUUGAUUUGAUCUAGUUUUUUUUUUGUUUGAAUGACUACGAUUCUUUGUACUAUUUAAAUGGAUCUAUGAAAUGGAAAUGCUGAUUUUUAAACACCAUAAUUUAUUUUCACAUCUAUUUACAUAAAACAUACCAGAUAUAUUUUAUAUGCAAUUAAUGUUAAUAAUUUAUGAAAUCAACACAUGCGACACACACUCAGACAAACACACACACACACAUAUAUAUAUUUUGACCAUUGAUAAUUUUAUGUUUUUUUAUAUGGUAUAUGCGACAGAUCAUUUUGUUUAUUAUAUAUAUUAUUUUUAUUUAAUUUAUUUUACAAACUUUUUCUUGAUUUCUUCUAUUUUUGGGUGCAGUUAUAUAAUUUUUAGUGUUAUGAGAGAAACCCUUAAUUUAUAUACAACUUAUAUAAAACCAUAUUAUAAUUAUGCUUAUGUCGAUUAAUUAUUGAAGUACAUGCAUAUGUAAUAAAAACGGAAAAACAAAGGAAAAGCCUUAACAAAAAAAGCCUAUUUAUAAUAUUUAUGUAGGGAAAACCGAUUGUCGAUCUUUGAAUUUGCCGGCAAAGAGAAAAACGAAAACAAAAACGAAUCAGAAUAGUCCGAAAAGCGGAAUAACAAAACAAAAUCAACAACAAACUGAGUACAGUGUUAGAAAAGUAAUAUUAAGCAUGAAAAAAACUGAGCAAACAAAAUACAAAACGCAAUUCAAAUGCGCAAAAAUUAUGAAAACAAAUUGUAAAUCAUUUUUAUACACACUUUUUGCCCUAUACAAACUAAAAAAAAAAGAACAUAUAUUAAAUAUGUAACCUUUACACAGAGACUUUAGUCUACUCCUAUUGAGACACUUUUUUUUGCGCAACUAAUUUAUAUCGAAAAAAAAAUUGCUUAAGUGCAAUUGAAAUCAAACUAAAUCAAAUAUUUAAUUACUCCUAUUUAUUACCUUUUUCACUCGGCGUAUUAUGUAUUUAUGUAAUGACCAACAGCAGCAACAAAUUCAAGCAUGACUUAAACAAAAAAAACCGGCCGAGGAAAGAGCAAAUUCCACGCGUGUUUAUCAAUUUGUGUGCAGCAAAGCGCACGAGGGGGGUAAAUAAUUCUCAAAGUGCCUUAUCAUUAAUAUUUUAUAUAAAUCAUAUAUAUAUAUAUAUAUAUAUAUACAAACACAAAUUAUGUAUAGUCUUGUGAAAAUGGAAAAGGAAACGCAGAGACGGAGUGCAAAGGCAUAUUAAUUAUUUAUUAUUAUUGUAUUGUCUAUAUUAUUAUACUUUCGAUUUGAUUUUACUCCCAUAAGCACUUGUUUUGAUCAGAAUGGAGAGUUAUGGCAGCGUGCAAAGGUUUACUAAAAUGCCUACAUUUAACAUACUUAUAUAUUAUACUGUUUUUUUGCUCUAUUUAAUUUUAAAAAAGAACAGAACCCCUAACUUAAAAACUGAGCUUUGGUUAUUAUUAUGAUGAUAAAUUUAAUUUUUUUUAACGCGUUCUUCCCCUUUGUGCAACAAACAAAGAAAAAACAAAGCAACACAAAUCUGUGCCCGCAUGAAGCAAGUGUGGCCUUAUCGGAAUAAAACCUUACACUUAACACUUACCCAAGUCGUCUUCCUCCUAAGAAAAAAUAAAUAAGUAAACUAAACUAUACAUAUGUGGUACUCUUGAAUGAUUGAUAAAACAAAGAACAAGAAAUGUAAUGCCAGUUGAAUUAUACACUAUUUAUAUAUACUUUGUUCGUUAUUUAUAUAACCAUAAACCCAUAAUAUUUCAUAGAUAUCCGCCUUGGCAACAACAACAAAACGCAAAAAACAAAUUAAAAAAAAAAAACAACGAAAAAGACAACCAUAAUUUAGAAAUGAACACAACUGUACAUGAAUUUUGUUAAUGCUGAAACAUGCCUAUUUAUGCUUCCAUUGCAACACUAUUUUGUGCAUAUUUUUAUAUAGUAAAUUAAAUGAAAACAAUUUAGAUUAUGGCAAAUUUUAAGUUAAAUAGAAAUUAAACAAAAACGUUACAAAAUAAAU